UUCCAGAAAGCAAACACGGGUUCGAAAGGCGAAAUCCUGGGAGAUAAGGUUCGAAGGCAGCCAACAGGUAAAGUGCAAACACUUUCAAGUGCGUGUUCCACCUGGCAGGCCUCCAUCCCAGCUGGCGAGGUGGGCCUCCGAACCCAGGGAUGAGUCAGUUUCCUGCCCUUUUAUCUCGGGGGAGAAGGCACGAGAAGGGUGCGAAGGAGUUAAACGGGGCAAGGCAGGCCCAGGCCAGGCCUUGCCAGCAGCAUGUGACGGCAGGCAGGUAGGGCGGGCAGGGAGGAGCCCAACUCUCUCGCCUCUCGUUCUUUUUCCCCCGACACUCCUGGCAGAGAACCGGCCAACAGUCCUCCAAAGGAAUCCGGGAGCGGGACUGGAAAAACAACACAGAACCCAGCAAAGCAAGACAAGACAGAGUUGGGAUUUGGGAAGAAACCCAGCCGGGUUUGGGAAGGAGUCAACUCCAAAAAAAACUCCAAAAAAACUCCAGAAACAAACACUUUGGAUUCCGACAAAUAAAGACGAGCAAAGGAAGAAACCCAGCCGAGUUUGGGAAGGAGUCAGCUCCAAAAAAAAAUUCCAAAAAAACUCCAGAAACAAACACUUUGGAUUCCGACAAAUAAAGCCGAGCAAAGGAAGAAACCCAGCCGGGUUUGGGAAGGAGUCAGUGCCAAAAAAAAUUCCAAAAAAACUCCAGAAACAAACACUUUGGAUUCCGACAAAUAAAGACGAGCAAAGGAAGGAACCCAGCCGGGUUUGGGAAGGAGUCAACUCCAAAAAAACUCCAAAAAAAAUCCAAAAAAGCUCCAGAAACAAACACUUUGGAUUCCGACAAAUAAAGACGAGCAAAGGAAGAAACCCAGCCGGGUUUGGGAAGGAGUCAACUCCAAAAAAAACUCCAAAAAAACUCUUUAAAAAAUUCUGAAAAAACUCCAGAAACAAACACUUUGGAUUCCGACAUUUAAAGCCGAGCAAGAGCAAACAAUCUCCGUUGUUUCGGCUCCCGUUUCCGCAAUGCUGGAAUCUCCUGACAUGUUAUUUUGGCUCAUUUUCUGAUGGGAAAGGAGUCCGUGAAUGCUCAAAAGGUGAGCAAAAAAAUACUGAGAUUUCGCGCAACAUUGUUCACAUUGUGUUUCGACACUUUUCCUUGUGGCUUCCUGAGCGAAACGUAACCAAUCCUAUUCCCAGAAAUCCCAUUCCUUGCUUUUUUUAGUGCAUUGAGAUGAUGAACAAACCCAGAAAACGCCUAUAACCUUGAAAGACUUAACAAAUCAUAUUAUAUAUAAGUGUUUACAAGGGGUUGUUAAGGGCCUCGGUGAGAAACCGUAUUAGCUGCUACUUACUCAUCCGACUCAGGGAUACGCUAAAUUAUUCCUCCUUUUGUAUUUAUUUUUGGACUUCAUUGUGUUUGUAUUUUUUAUAUAAGAAAGCAAGCAUGGCUUACUCCCAGGUCCAGUGUUUGGACGACAGCCACGUCAACUGGAGGUCCUCCGAAUCCAAGCCGGAGUUUUUCUACAGCGAAGAGCAACGCCUGGCCUUGGAAGCUCUAGUUUCCAAAGGACCGGAGGCCUUCUACGAGGUCCUCAAGAAAGAGAACAUCCGGGAUUUCCUCUCCGAAUUGGAACUCAAGAAGAUCCUGGAUAGCUUGGAGACCUAUGAUCCCAGUUUGGAGCACGUCCGGCACGGAGAGGAGCGCUCGGACCUGAACGGAGAAUCCGAACCCGAGCCCUCUUUGGAGUAUUGGCCGGAGAAGUCGGACCGGUCCAUCCCGCAGCUGGACCUCGGCUGGCCGGAGACCAUCGCGUACCGGGGGGUGACCAGGGCCAGCGUCUACAUGCAGCCCCCCAUCGACUGCCAGCCCCACAUCAAGGAGGUGGUCCGAAAGAUGAUCGCCCAGGCCCAGAAGGUCAUUGCCGUGGUCAUGGACAUGUUCACCGACGUGGACAUCUUCAAGGACCUCAUCGAGGCCGGCUUCAAGCGCAAAGUGGCCGUCUACAUCAUUGUGGACGAGUCCAACUUGAAAUAUUUCCUCCAAAUGUGCGAGCGGGCUCUCAUGCACGCCGGGCACCUCAAGAAUCUUAGAGUCCGAACGACCGGCGGGACGGAGUUUUUCACCCGCUCGGCCACCCGCUUCAAGGGAUCCUUGGCCCAGAAAUUCAUGUUUGUGGACGGGGACAAAGCCAUGUGUGGCUCCUACAGCUUCACCUGGUCUGCUGCCCGAAGUGACCGGAACGUCAUUUCGGUCUUGUCUGGACAAGUGGUGGAAGCCUUUGACAAGCAGUUCCAAGAACUGUAUUUGAUGUCUCGAGGGGUCAGCUUGAAGUCCAUCCCAAUGGGAGAAGAACCCGAGCCGGAGCCCUUAGUCCUCCCGUCGGUGGCACCGGUCAAUCCAGACAACAACGCCGUGGUGAAGAAGAUGUUCAACCCCAAGUACGCUUUGGUCAAGGCGAAGAGCGUAGAGCGGAUCGAAAACAAUGGAAAGGCCCAGAGCGACAAGAACCUCCCUGAACGGACGAAGGGGAAAAUCAUUCCGGAAGGACGUGUAUCCGAGAAGCCCAGUGACCCAGUGGAAACAGCUCCCCCGAUCCACCCGGGACUCCUGAAUUUAGAGAAAGCCAACAUGUUCGACUACUUGCCCACUUGGGUCGAGCCGGACCCAGAACCCGGGAGUGAGAUCUUGGGUUACAUCAACAUCAUCGACCCCAAGAUCAAGAACAUCCAGCUCUCGCAGAUGAACCGCAUCAAGGUGUGCGACGUGUCCCAGGCCAACGCUCAACACCGGCAGAUGCUGAAGCAGAAGGAGAGCCAAAACGGCCACCAUCCAAGUUCUCCAAACCAAGCCAAAAACCCAUUGCCUCCUUCUCACCAAAACCGAGAAACUCCUGUUAAUCAUACAGACGGGACAACUAAUCCUCUUGAGAAGAACAUCAAGAUGUCAACGAAUGGAGAAACCUUGGCCAACGGUCAACAAAGUCAAGACCAAACUCACCACGACGGGACUAUGCCACCAGUGCCAAAACCAAGAACAAAACUGAUCUCCAUAAAAAGCUCCAAAGAAGAUUCUGAAUUAGAGAGUCACCAAACAGAGAGCAACGGUGCCAAUAUCGUAGACGGAGAAGGUCACCAUGUUUCGGGGAUUCGUCAACAGCUAAGACAAGGGUCAGUGUCCGAAGACAUGCUGACCCAUCCUGUAAAUGGGAUACAAGGGGAUGAGGCAGAAGACGGAGAGGAGGAAAAGGAUCACCACGUGGUCCUCAGUGGUCCAGAGAGUUUGUCCGGCAGCUCUGCCAACCACAGCUACAUCCCUUCCGAUGCGUCCUCCGUCUCGGACGAGUGUUUCGAGGGCCGGGAUCACCCCCGGCUUCUGCGGAGAACCAAUUCGGAUUUCCUCGUCAACGGGGACCACCACCGACAACAUCUGCCUGCUUUGCAACGGAAGCUGAGCGAGCCCCACGUCAGCCGAGGGACCUUCAUGAGCCCCCUGGGAGGCCCUCAACCCCUCCUGAGCUUGGCUUUGGAAGAGGCCCGGAGGAGGAAGAGCGAGGAAGGCAUGGCGGAGAUGCGGUGCGCUUUUGGAAGUGGCCGCAACCAGCGUGCCUUCCCCGACAACAGUGUGCCACAGUUGUUCUGCUACGGAUCCAGGGUGCAGAUCUCCCCCGGAAGAGGCCAAAGCGGACCCUCGAAAAGUCUCAAAGAUGCCCAAUUCCAGCGGGAUGCCAAAAAUGUGCCUCCGAGCCCCACCGGCCAGCCGUACUGGCAGCGGGAAUCCUUCAGUUCCAGCAAAAACUCCUACGGAAGGGGGUCCGGGGGACCCUCGCCCACCGCCGGACCGUGCCACGAAACCCAACGAGUGCCGGAAGAGAUAAAGACUCCCUUGGGCAUCCCGUUGUCCAAACUGUCGCAGUCCAAGCACCUCAAGAACAAGGCCGGGCAGUGGUCCAACUCCAAACGGAGCCGAAAGGGUCAAUGAAGCCACGGACAAGCUCCCCAUUGGGAUUUUGGUUCUUUUAGGAGUUUCAGAGACCCAUGGAAAUACGGUCGGUGCAUUCGCCCAGUGGGCAGAAAGGUUGGGUUCCAGGGACUUUGGAUUAUAUAGUCCAUGCACCAGUUCCAGGUGACUUCCAAAGUCAUGCCAGUCCAGGGACCCGAUUCAAAACACAGCCGGAAAGAUCAACUCCUCAUUGGGAUUAUGGUUGUUUUAGGAACAAUAAAAGGAGUCGGUGCUUUAGCUGGUGGGCACGAGGAAGGGGUUCGAAGGGGAUUUGGUUCUACCUGGUCUGGGCAUCGAAACAGAGAGCCCCAAAGCCAUGUCAGUUCAGUGGCCCGACUUAAAAAAGGGCCACAAGGGUCACGGAGGCCACCAGCAAUCUCUACCCUGAGAUUUUGGUCGUUUUAGGGACUCCAAAGACUCCAAGACCCAAUGGGCACAGGGUUGGGUUUGAAGGACUUGACUUUUCUGGCACCGAAAUGGAGCCCCAAAGUCAUGUCAGUCUAAUAGCUCCAUUUCCAAAUGGAGACCCUAUGGGUCGCUAGAGAUAAGGGUCAAUGUGGCCACGAACAACCUCUCCAUUGAGCUCCAAAGCCAUGCCAAUCCAAUGGUCCCAUAUCUAAAUGGAGACCCUAUGGGUCCCUAGAGGGAAAGGUCAAGGAGACCAUGAAUGGGCUCUCCAUUGAGACCCAAAGCCAUGUCAAUCAAAUGGUCCCAUAUCUAAAUGGAGACCCUAUGGGCUCCUAGAUGGAAAAGUCAAGGAGGCCAUGAAUGAGCUCUCCAUUGAGACCCAAAGCCAUGCCAGUCCAAUGGUCCCAUUUGCAAAUGGAGACCCUAUGGGUUCCUAGAUGGAAAGGUCAAGGAGACCAUGAAUGAGCUCUCCAUUGAGAUCCAAAGCCAUGCCAAUUGAAUGGUCCCAUAUCUAAAUGGAGACCCUAUGAGUUCCUAGAUGGAAAGGUCAAGGAGGCCAUGAACGAGCUCUACAUUGAGACCCAAACUCAUGCCAAUCCAAUGGUCCCAUUUGCAAACGGAGACUCUAUGGGUUCCUAGAAGGAAACGUCAACGAGGCCACGAGCGACUUCUCUAUUGAGCUCCAAACCCAUGCUGGUUCAAUGGUUUCAUUUCCAAAUGGAGACCUUAUGGGUCCCUAGGGGAAAAUAUCAAUGAGGCUACAGACAAUCUCUCCAGUGAGCCCCAGAGCUAUGACAGUUGAGUGGUUUCAUUUCCAAAUGGAGACUCUAUGGGUCCGUAGAGGGAAAGGUCAAUGUGGCCACGAAUGACCUCUCUUUUGAGCUCCGAAGUCAUGCCAAUCCAAUAGUCCAUUUCCAAAUGAUGGGUCCCUAGAAGGAGACCAUGAACAAGCUCUCAAUUGAGACCCAAAGUCAUGCCAAUCGAAUGGUCCCAUAUUUAAAUGGAGACCCUAUGGGUUCCUAGAUGGAAAGGUCAAGGAGACCAUGAACGAGCUCUACAUUGAGACCCAAAGUCAUGCCAUUCAAAUGGUCCCAUAUCUAAAUGGAGACCCUAUGGGUUCCUAGAUGGAAAGGUCAAGGAGACCAUGAAUGAGCUCUACAUUGAGACCCAAAGUCAUGCCAAUCGAAUGGUCCCAUAUCUAAAUGGAGACCCUAUGGGUUCCUAGAAGGAAACAGCAAGGAGGCCAUGAACGACCUUUCUAUUGAGCUUCAAAGUCAUGCCAAUCGAAUGGUCCCAUUUGCAAAUGGAGCCCCUAUGGGUCCCUAGAGGGAAAUGUCAACGUGGCCACGGACAACCUCUCUAUUGAGCUCCAAAGUCAUGCCAAUCCAAUAGUCCAUUUCCAAAUGAUGGGUCCCUAGAAGGAAACCAUGAACAAGCUCUCCAUUGAGGCCCAAAGCCAUGCCCAUGGAAUGGUCCCGUACCUAAAUGGAGACCCUAUGGGUUCCUAGAUGGAAAGGUCAAGGAGGCCAUGAACGAGCUCUACAUUGAGCUCCAAAGUCAUGCCAAUCCAAUAAUCCAUUUCCUAAUGAUGGGUUCCUAGAAGGAAACGUCAACGAGAGCAUGAGUAAUUUCUCUAUUGAGCUCCAAAGUCGUGCCAAUCCAAUGGUCCUAUUUGCAAAUGGAGACCCUAUGGGUUCCUAGAGAGAAAGGCAAACAUGGCCACGAAUGACCUCUCUAUUGAGCUUCAAAUUGAUGUCAAUCCAAUGGUCCCAUUUGCAAAUGGAGACCCUAUGGGUUCCUAGAAGGAAACGUCAACGAGGCCAUGAACGGGCUCUACAGUGAGACCCAAAGUCACGUCAAUCCAAUGGUCCCAUAUCUAAAUGGAGACCCUAUGAGUUCCUAAAUGGAAAAGUCAAGGAAGCCAUGAAUGAUCACUCCAUUGAGCUCUAGAGUCAUGUCAAUCAAAUGAUCCCAUAUCUAAAUGGAGACCCUAUGGGUUCCUAGAUGGAAAGGUCAAGGAGGCCAUGAAUGACCUUUCUACUGAGCUCCAAAGUCAUGCCAAUCCAAUAGUCCAUUUCCAAAUGAUGGGUCCCUAGAAGGAAAGCUUGAGAAGGCCACAAACAUGCCGGCCCAGUGGUCUGCUCCAAAACAGAACAGAAAGGACCCAACAGGUCUGCUGGUGAGAUUUGGGCUAAUUUCAGAACUCCGAGGUGCCUGAAAAAAGGGUCUUUAUCUUACCUGGUCAGUGCACCAGUACCAGGUGGCCAGGACGGAGAGCCCAAAAGUCAUGCCGGUCCAGGGCAGGUCUCCGGAGAGGGGGUCCCGGAAGAGGUGCAUGGCGUCCGGCCUGGGCAGGUGGCAGGUGGUGUUGGGGAUGGUCUUGGAGGGCACCGCGCUCAGGUAGGCCUCUUCCAGGUUGGGGUGGCCGCCAAUCUCAUGGAAGGCUACGCAAGGAGGAGGGAGGAGAAGACAGUAUGGGGCUUAGGGUUGCCAAAACUCAAUUCUCCUUUGCCCAUGACCUACUAUUGGCAAAUGAUGCACUGUUUUGGCCACUUCAGUGCUGGAAGAAUUUCAAAAAUAUGACCCACACGAGUCAUUCAAACUUCAAAAAACAGGGACGUGCUUUUCUGUACCUUCUGGUUUAUUUUGCAUGGUACCAAAGCUGCUAAAUAUGGGUCCAAUAAACGAGAAUCCAAAUGCAA